AUGGAUUGGCCUACCUACCUUCUUUCGACGGCCUCUCACAAUGAUCCAGAUCUCCCGCUCGCGUUCGAUGCCGAUAUGCCUGGGCGGACUAUGUCUUGGAACCAAUACGUACAAGUCGUGAAGAGCGUAGCUGCUGGACUGCAAGCCACACACGUGAAAUAUCAAGACUGCGUGGGGCUUCUUUCGGACAAUGACAUUUACUAUUAUGCCCUGGGAGACGCAGUCGUCGCUGCGGGUUGCAUAUUCUGUCCGAUUCAAACCACCCACAAAGUGGCCGAGCUCGCACAUCAGCUCAAAACCGCUUCUGUCAAAUACCUUUUCACCAGCCGAAAGCUACUGGACCUCGCACUCGAAGCUGCGUUGUCUGUGGGCAUUCCAGAUGAGGCAGUCUUCGUAUACGACCCUCCUGGCAGAGAGGUCUACAGCGGCUCGCGUACAAGUAUGAGUGGGUUGAUGUCUACAGAUGUCAAUCGAUGGCAGAAUCCGAAUGUCGACAAAGACCCUCGCGAGAUCAUGGCAUAUCGAAUGUUCAGUAGUGGCACGACUGGAUCACCCAAAGCCGGUGAGAUCUCACACCACACACAUGUCCUCAGAGUCGAUCAAAGGAGCAAGGGACCCUUUUCCGGGCCCGAAACACAAGCGGUGAUCUGGAUUCCAAUCUACCAUUCCUCCAGUCACUGGAAUUAUCACCAAGCAGCUUUGGGACUGCAGACCAUUCAUGUCACCCUUGAUAAGGAGAUGAGAGACAUGCCUGCACUCAUUGAUAUAGUUCGCGAAGCCAGGAUCUCGUCUCUUAUCCUCCCUCCGCGCUUUCUUCGGCCAUUCAUUGCAUGCAUAGAAAGUGGCACACGGAGCAUGAAUGAUCUGAAGACGAUUGAAAAGGUCAGCGUGGGAGGCUCGGCUAUUGACCCUCUUGCUGCUCACCAGUUCCGGGCGACUUUCCCUGAGAUCAAAUUCCUAGGUGUCUACGGCACAACGGAAGCAGGAGGUAUUGCUGUCGGGCCUGGACCUGAUCUAUCUAAAGCGGGUCUCAUCGGUGGUCUUCAGCCGGGUGUUGAACUGAGGUUCAUCGAUCCGGAAACACUGAUUGAUGUACAGCCUGGCGAAGAUGGCGAAGUCUGUGUUCGCUCCGUACAGGUUCUCAGCAGAUAUCACAACAACGCCGAAGCCAGCGCAUCAUCCUUUCUCAAGGAUCCGUCAGGAGACUGGUUCCGCACAGGAGACAAAGGACGUUGGGACUCCGAAACGCACCAACUGUUUCUCACGGGCCGCUACAAAGAGAUCUUCAAAGUCGCAUCGAAAGAAGUAUCGCCAGAGGAGAUCGAAAAUGUGCUAAUGCAACAUGAAGCGAUUGAAGAUGCGGCAGUCUGCCCGGUGCCAUCGAAGCAUGAUCAGAAUGAGUUGGAAGUGAGAGCCUAUGUGGUGAAGAGAAAUCGCACACAACAAGUUAGUGCAGAAGACAUUGUCCAAUUCGUUGCUACGAAGCUUUCGAGUCAAAAGGUUCCCACGGGAGGUGUGGUGUUCUGCGACGAGAUCCCAAGGAAUGCGUUGAAGAAAGUGGUCAGACGAAAACUACUGGAAAUUGACACUAGCAAAUUGUAG